GAUCAGCGCUGCUGAGCGUUCAGGGGAGGGCGAAGUAAGUGAUGCUGAGCCAAUGGAGAUAUUCAUGCGAGGAGCAUCUGUCCUAAACCCCAACUAACCGCUGCAGAACACUUCUGUCUCCGCGUCGAGGUCACAAUCUGACUCAAGUUUGAAGAGGCUCGCUCUUAUUCACUCUCUUUGGGAGAUUUGCUUGAGCAGGACAAAACAAGAAGUGUGUUUUCGUCGGUUUUGGAGAUGCUGUUCCGCAGUCGAUCAGCACUGCACAACCCCCAGCUGUUAUGAUGCUGAUGCUACAUUCUCUCAAAGGCUAUGCAGACAGGAGCUGGUGUUUAUCCCAUGGAUCUACUGGACAGCACAUACCCGUGACGACAUCGUCUCCCACAAAUCCCGGGAGUUUCUUCUUUCUAUGUGGAUUAAGGUCUACAGCAAAGGAAACUAGAGCUUAAACAGCUGGGAUUUUCCCCAUGUUCCUGACAUCAUCUGUAGGAAAUGAGCCCUGGGCGUCUGUCUUUUCUCUCUACAUGGACGAAGAGCCAAGGAAAGUGUUCUAAAAGCUGACCGUCAGGAUUAAUUUUACUUACAAAACUGCCCCUUUAUCUUUAAACCCAAAGAAGACCCUGAUGGUGUCAUAUGAUAUGGACUAAUUGUACUCAGUAAGAGCGCCCAGCGGCAGCACUUUGGCUCCAGAUGAAACUGAUGUUUUUCUGCAUAAUAUUUAGUGAGUCUGGAGCUGUUAGCCCUCCCGCACUGUGUGUCGUAGCAUGUGGCUUGGGCUCAACUUCCACAGCAUCUUAAUAACACAGCCGAACCGAUUUAGACCAAGGAGGAAGCAUCUCUACAUCUGGAGAUACGCUGGCAUUUUUUAGAGGGAUGCACAGAGAUGUCUGAUCUGCUUCCCUCACGUUUUUUGUUCUCUUUACCUAUGUGAUUUCCUAAAGAAGAAGCCCAAGAGAUCCAGCUCUCUUUCACAUGUGCACCUACGGCAGCCAUGAGGGUCGCACCGACACAUUUGGCAGGACUACAGAGCGGCGCUCCACGUGGAUAAAUUAGUUUAUUUCGUGUCGGGGUUACACAUUCUUGUCAUAUAUUUUUACAACUGCACGGCUCGUGGAACACGACAGGAAAGACUUAAAAGGGCCUGAUGCACCUUUUAAGAGCAGCAACAAAAAUGAAUAAAUCAUCAAGAGGGAGUGAGGGCUAGUUCUUCACAGACAGCGCUGAAGAAUACGCUCUUCUCCCGCUACCAGCGAGAGAGGUCUCUGGCAGACUGACAGUUGCAGCCUCUCCUGCUCUCGAGCCUGGUGGAACGUUGAUGCAUUUGCCUUGAGUUUCGCCUUCCUCGGCCCUCCCCCUCUGUGCCUGUGUCAUGCUCUGUUGCCGGCGUGCCGUCCUGGAGCCAUGCCCAUCCCCGAGAUGGCUUUGAGCCCGGAGAAGUCUCUGUACUGGGAGGUGUUCCCCUCCAUGGCCACGCAGCGGGUGUACUGCACACCUGUGCUCUGGGCCGGACGCCUCUAUGUUCUGGGGGGCUGCAGCGAGAACGGCCUCCCUCUGGACUCAGCCGAGGUGCUGGAUCUGGAGAGCCAGCGCUGGUGCGAGCUGCCCCCUCUCCCCACCGCACGGGCCGGGGCGUCUGCCGUGGCCGUCGGAGACCAGCUGAUGGUCAUGGGAGGCAUGGACGCGCAGCAGAGCCCUCUGGCCUCAGUGGAAGUGUAUCACCCUGAUGAGGGCAAGUGGGAGAGAAAGACGGGACUGGGGCAGCCCUCCAUGGGGAUCACCACCCUGGAGAAAGAUGGCAAGGUGUAUGCGCUGGGUGGGAUGGGGACUGACACGACCCCUCAGGCCUCAGUGAGGCUGUAUGAGCCAACAAAGGACCAGUGGCUGCCCCUCACCUCCAUGCCCACCCCACGCUACGGAGCCUUCUCCUUCCUGUCCGGUAACAAGAUCUAUGUUCUAGGUGGGCGUCAGGGCAAGCUGCCAGUGACUGCAUUUGAGGCCUUCGACCUUGAGAUGAAGAGCUGGACGCGGUACCCAUGCAUCCCCAGCCGCAGAGCGUUCUCCUCAUGCGCUGCCAGCGACAGGGCCUUUUUCAGCCUGGGGGGUCUUCAGCAGCCUGGACCCCACAACUUUUACUCCAGACCUCACUUCGUCUCCACUGUAGAGGAAUUUGAUUGUGAGCAGGGUGUGUGGUUGAAGGCCACACGGAGCUGUCGCAUGAGAGAGAAGCGGGCGGACUUCGUUGCUGGCUGUCUCGGUGGAUGGGUCAUCGCUGCCGGGGGACUCGGUAACCAGCCGUCCCCGCUGGCGUCAGUGGAGAGUUAUAACCAGCUGAAGAGGAGAUGGGAACCCGUGGCCCCGUUACCCAGCCCUCGCUGCUCCUGUGCCUCCAUUCAGACCCCAAACAUGCUGUUCCUCAUCGGAGGGGUGUCCCAGGGUCCCAGCAACGCCGUGGAAGCCCUCUGUUUGAAAGAGACCGUCUGACACACUAAUGAACAACUACACAAAUCCUCACAUGCUGUACUUUCCGGAGUGUAAGCUCUGCAAACACACACACACGUGCAUACUGACGUCAAGAUGACAUGUGUGUGUCUCUGACAAAUAUUCACAGACUUUCCCCUCGGAGGACGCACCAGCUUUAUACUUUGAAUAGUGGAGACAAUCUACUGGAGCUUGGACAGCGUUCCACACCUCUGGACAGAAGAGUUUUGGACUGGAGAGCUAAGACAAGCAAAAAAAUACUUAAAUAUAACUAUACUAAAUAUAGUAAAUAUAUUUAUGAAUACAUAUAUAAAUAUAAUUAUACAUAUAUUGAUAUAUUAAUAUAGAUAAAUGUGCAGACCUACACACGCAACACUCCAGGCGCCUUUGAACUAUACAGAAUUUUUCAGUAUCAAAGCAGGGUAAUUUUCUGGCAAACUAAAGAGGAACCUAGGGCCAUAUCCACCACGCUGCCACAGCAUCCGUCUGAGGUAGCAUGUUAAGCACUUUUUGUAUUAUUGACAAACAGAGGAUCUUCUGCGCGAGACUUCAGAAAUGGGAGGUGGAUGUGUGUGUGUGUGUUUUUGUACCUUCACAGCCAUGCACGUGUGAAAUUGAGCAUCAUUAUGCGUGGAAAGAGCAACUCUUCUAACGGCUAAUCACUGAUGCCUCACUGUAGCAUGAGACAGGGGAGAUGGAGGAGGACUUGGUUCAUCUAGCUGGUUUAUUAAAGCAAUGUUCUGGGUUCAAAACAGGUUUAGCUUGAAUGGAUCUGUGAUAUACUGUCGAUUAGACAGAUGAUCAUUUGAAUGUGUCCCUAAAACAAGCAAAAUAAUGGGUUUACAGUAAUGCUCUUGCAAUGGACAUUUAAGAGGAAAGGUAUGUAUUUUAAUUGAAGUGGUUCUAGUAAUUAAUUUGUACAAACAUCUUUUAUUUAACAUGUUAGUGUUAUUUAUUAAGUUUUUUUGUGUUUUUAAAAGAAGUCCCAUAAGCUCACCAAGAUUGCAUUUAUUUGAUCAAAUAUUAAGUAAAAUUACAAUAUAGUAGGCUUACUAUUUGAAAAAACUGUUCUGUAUUUAAAUAUAUUUAAAAAUGUAAUUUCAGUGUCACAUGGUUCUUCAGAAAUGAUCCUUAUAUGCUUAUUUGCUGCUCUAGAUAAUUUUUUUUAAUAAUGUUUAAUGUCCAAAACAGUUGUGCUGCUAUAUAUUUUUGUGGAAAACAUGAUGCAUUUUAAAAACAGCAUUUACUACACAAAGAAAGCUUUGGUAACAUUAUAAAUGGCUUUACUGUCACUUUUGGUCAAUUUAAUGCAUCCUUGGUGAAUAAAAGUAUUAUUUAAAACAAAUACUGACCCCAAAUACCAAAAAUAAAUAUCAAUAAUUUUUUAUUCUUAAGUGUAUUUUUCAGGUAAAAUGGCUCAUUAUUUUAAAGAGUCCUUAUCUCAGAUUCACUGGUCAAUAGGUGUGAAAAAACCUGCUAUAGUUUAUGUAUGUCAUCAUAAUCCAUAAUCUAAAAACACAUGUAUGGGUCAGUCACCUGCUUUAAAUGGUUAUGUUAAAGGUUUAAAUAUUCAAAAAUCUCAUGUUUGCAUGAAUAUGGUUAUUUUUUGUGGUUACGUUCUCAAAACAAAAAAAUGAAAAGAAAAUCCUAUAAUGUAAUGUCCUACCCUACAGACUCACCACUGUAAGUUCAUUGCUGUAAAUAUAUAAGCUAUCACAUUUUAUUUUAUUUGUUGAUGAACCAGUUGAAAAAUAUUUUCUGUGGCGAUAGAGAUUGUAUAGAAUCCAGAACAUUCCUUUAAUACUAACGAAGUUUGGACAAAGUCUUACAAAGUGUGUUUUUCUUCUGGUGUGUGCUGUUUGAGGAAAACCUUUACACUAAAUGUGAACCUGGAGCACAAAACCAGUCUUAAGUCACUGGGGUAUAUUUUUAGCAAUAGCCAAAAAAACAUUGUAUGACUCAAAAUUAUUGAUUUUCCAUUCAGAUAUUUAGUAAAUUUCCUGCCAAAAAUAUAUAAAAACUUAAUUUUUGACUAGUAAUAUGCAUUGCUCAGAAUUCUUUUUAACAACUUUAAAGGUGAUUUUCUCAAUAUUUAGAUUUUUUUUUUUAAGCACCAGAUUCAGAUUCCAGAUUUUCAAAUAGUUGCAUCUCGGCCAAAUAUUGUCCGAUCCAUAGAUCAAUGGAAAGCUUAAUUAUUCAGCUUUCAGAUAAUGUAUAAAUCUCAAUGUCGAAAAAUUGACACUUAAGACUGGUUUUGUGGUCCAUGGUCACAAAUUAUUAGACACUACAAUUUUAUAAAUUCUUGAUAAAUUAACUGUAGAAAUUUCCAAGAUCUCUCAGCACAUUAAACACAGGAAAUUAGUUCACAAUCACAUUCAUAUUUAAUCGGAAGUUGUUUCUUCAGGGUAAGAGCUAAUUAAAUCUUGUCAAUGCAGUUGCGAUUCACGGUUUCUGAGUGACCCAUUUAGAGGGUGAGAGAUGAACGCUCCUAGGGGACGUGGAAGAGGACAGAGGGCUCACUUCCUGUAAUUUUUGAUGAGAUAAAACCCUUGCCUUGGACCUCAUACACCUCAUUUUCGCUUCACCAGUGUGCUGUGAGGGUCUUGUAUUGCCCCCACUGAUGAUUUGACAAGGGUAUCGGGUCACUGAGCUAUUUAGCAUGCUGAAAACAGAACUCAUGCAUGUCAGGAAUUCACAAUGCUGACUGAAAGGUUUGAAUGCACUAAAUUCAGGUGCGUCUUUGCUGUGAGAGGUGAGUAUGGGUUUGAUUUAUCAGGUCUGCGUGUGUUUGUAUAAAUAUGUGCACCCACACACAGAUUAUCAUCACGUUCUGGUCUCAGACGGUUUGCUGACCUGUUGUUAUUAGGCGAUACGGUGCCCGAGGGCAUAAACAGACCUUCAUACAUAUUCAUACUGACUGUUGUUUAAGUGCAAAUGGCCGUUUGUAUGUUUUUGGUUGGGAUGGUGAGGAGUGUAUGUCAGUUUGGUUUACAUCCAACAUUAAAAUGCCUCUUAGAAACAUUAGAAUCAAAAGAACAAUUAAUAAGAUCCACAUACUUGUUUUAGAUUUGCGCCUCCCCUAUGACUGUGAUGCUGUGCUGGCAGAUGUAGAUCAUGCGUGUCAUUUUAAACUGGAAAUAGAUAUUUUUUUUCUGUAUGAAGCUAUGAAAGCCAUCCUACUCACAGACAACAAAGGACUCGAAGAUGGCAAUGGGAAUUUGUUAUAUUUUAUUAUUUAAAAAUUUUUUAAAUGUAAUUUUAGUUUUCCAUUUUUCAUUUUAUUUAAUUUCAUUUUUGGUCUCAUUAAUGUAGGUCCGGCUGCAGGCUAACUGAAAGAGCAAGUUCAUUUUCACUUUGCUUUAUGUGAGGUUAGAUGUCACAGAGGUUCAAAUUUGAAACCCCCUCCAGCACCGCAGGAGACGACAACGUGUGAAUAGAUGAUCUGAGGGAAAGAGAUAAUGCCGAGAGAAAUAUACCUCUGUUUUUUCUUGUCUACGACUUCUGCAACAAGACACAUGACUCAUCUUGGCAGAGUAUUUCUCGCUUUCGCUCGAGUCUCAUUUCUGCUGCCUCUACGAAAUAGAAAUGCUGAACAUCUUUACUCUCAUGACAAAAAAAAAGAAAUGUCUCAAGAUGUUAAACAGGCUGUUUUCUGAAUUCAUUUGACCAUGAUCUGAGCGCCGGCGGAUGUGGGUGAAGUGAGCUCAUAUUUUCAUAUCUAGAGGUGCAAAAUGUUUUACUCGAUUUGUUUAUUUCAGAGGCCGUUCAGACCUCUCCACAGUGCUUUAAAUUACUUUAGGAAAUUCAAAUAGGCUUUUUUUUUAUUAUGUAAACAUUCAAAUGCGUUUCGUCUUUUACCCUAUGUGUGUAAAACACUUUGGCGUAAACGCCGUGUAUGAUCACCUAAACUCUAAGUAGCAGUUGUUUUGCAGUGAUUUGUCAUGUUUCUCCAUGUUCUGAAUAUUCUCUGUGGUGGGUUGUUGAACUAAAUGCAGUUUCUCCAGUGUUUCGUGGGUUAACCUGUUUGUUUUGUUGCUUUGUGAGGUGACAGGCUGUCAUGUUGACCCGUAAUCUGAGGAGCUGUUGAGAUGGUCUGUUGUUUUUUUAUGAUGUUGUGCCGUCAUGUAGUGAUGUAGUAGUGGUAGCUGAUGGCCUCCGACAGUCUUCAACACCCAGUGCCGAUACUCUAGGCACAUUUCAGCUUCUGACUCAUAAUUUCCAUACGAAAAUCAAUCAAAAUCCACAUUCUCUCACUGCAUAAUCUCUAAUCUAGACAGAUAUGUCUUGGUUUUAGCCCUGAGCAGAAAAUGCAAUUGUAGUUCAUGUUUUUCCACAUCUGAAAUAUUGCCAUGGAGGAUUGUUUCACACUGAGGUAGAUGAGCAGAGACACACGGUCGGCCCAGGGGAACUCACAGUGUCCCAUGAGAUUACACUGCACCCAUCCACACAGCAAAAGCUGUUAUACCCUCUAGCAUACUGUUGUCGACCACGCACUGAAUCAGCCUCUGUCGUUACACUUUGAAAAACAGGUAACUGUUAUCUGCGUUUAUUCUGUGAAGAACUAUGGGACUGUAGAAUUGAUGUUGUAUGAGCACUGUAGAAAUGAACCUAUGGGAGUUGGGACGUUUAUUCAUAACUAGGCUAUUGAUGGCUAUUGAUAGUGUAAAAUGUUUAUGAUAACAUGAAAGAAAUUUCAUUUGCCUGUCUUAAAGGGAUAGUUCACCUAAAAAAAAUUUGAAUUCUGGCAUAAUUUACUAACCCUCACAUCAUCUGUAUGACUGACAAAAGCGUUCUUAUAGAUUUGGAAUGAUAUGAGGGUGAGUAAUGAUGACAGGAUUUAAAUUUUUGAGUGAACUGUCUCCUUAAAGGUGCUGUAAGUGCUCGCCUUUCAAUAUUUUGCUCAUUUUCACAACCACAACUUCUCUCAAAAAAUAUCCACAGUUCAAAGACAGGAACGAUUGACAGAUAAAGAGUGUUUCUAAUUGGAUAAAAUUGCGCUGGCGACCCCUGAAUAUUUCAUUGUUUUUGCCUACAGAUUCUAGCGCUGUCACAGAGAUAGGUGUGAUUUCUCUGGACACCUGUUUCAGUGAUAUCUGUCAGAUUAGAGUUACAUUUAUGUGUAAUAUUCCCAGAUUCCCGACUGCUUACAGCACCUUUAAUAAUGUUGUCAGGAUGAAGAGUAGUUAGAAAGCAAUAUAUAUACUGCACAGAAUAUCAGUGAAAUCUCUUGCACAGAUUUAAUCCCCCAUUGUAUGUUAUAUCAGAGAUUCAAGCUGCAUAUGACAUAGAGAACUUCACUUGAAAUUUAUAGAUGGGUUAACAUGGUCUGGAUUUAAAUCUGAAUUGUGUUGAGCCAUGUUGACACACAAUUGGGAGUCCAGUUCAGUAGUUCAGUGCCUAUAUAUGUGAGGUAGUGCCUCUACUGCGAUUUCUGUAAUAAACUCUUUGAAAAAUUCCA